AUGAAGGUCUCAUUCUCUCUUGCAAAUAGCAAAGCCAAGGCUGCUGCUAAACCUGCUGCAGAGACACCAUCACUUAAACGAUCCGCUGCCUUUGCAUCAUUAGACGAUGACGAACCGGUCGACGCCGCACCCACCGCCUCUGGCAACAGUAAAGUCGCAGCCAACAAGAAACUGGUUGCGCAGAAUCUCGAGAUGUCGAAGACGAUGAAGAAGCGUUUGGAGGAGGAGAUGAAAGUAGACUCGUCCGUAUUCGAGUACGAUGCGGUGUGGGACAAGAUGCAGGAGGUGAAGAUGAAGCAGAAGGAGGCGAAGGAGGUGGAUUCGAAGGAGCGAAAGCCCAAAUAUAUCAACAACCUGCUGCAGACUGCUGCUACUCGUAGGCUCGACCACCUCCGAGCCGAACAGAAGAUGAUUCAGCGAGAACGCGAGGCUGAGGGCGACGAGUUCAAGGACAAGGAAGCCUUUGUCACGCAAGCGUACAAAGACCAACUCGCUGAGAUGAAGAGAUCAGAAGAGGAAGAGCGGCAACGGGAAGAGGCCGAGAAGAAGAAGAAUAAGGGUGCUGGCUCCGGGAUGGCGCACUUCUAUCGUAAGCUCCUCGAGGAGUCUGAGCAACAGCACGAAGAGACGGUAGCCGCUGCUACGACGACAAAGCCUGUCAUCGGCCCUCAAGGGCCUAAUUUGACGAUCACAAAACCUGUUGACCUCGCCCCCAAGUCUGACUUGGAUCUGGCAAAGGCCGCGAAGGAGCAGGGGAAAGAUGUCGAGCUCAACGACGACAACCAAAUUGUCGACAAACGGGACCUGCUCUCUGCGGGCCUCAAUCUUUCGGCGCCGAACACGCGGAAGUUCGGUCUUCAGAAGAUGAAGUCAUCCACGAACGAGGAGCAAGCUCAGGUUCAUCGUGCUGCAGGGACCGCGGCGAGUCGCAAAGAGAUCAACGAGCGACGAGCGCGGGAGGUCGCGAAGCAAAUGGAAGAAGAACGCGAGCGGUUGCUCUGGGAGAAAGAGCAGCGGGAGCAGGAGAGCAUCAACAGAGUGGUUGCGAAACGGAAUACGGAAGAGGCAGUCAUGAGUGCUCGCGAGCGAUACUUGGAGCGCAAACGGCGGAAAUUGGAGGAGGCCACUGCAAAUCCUGAGGGUGAAACAUAG